UACUUGUGAAUCCAUGCCUGAUUCCAUGGCUGCAGCAAAUGUUAUGAUGUUCCUUGCUCUACUAUUAACCUGGCAGAUUGUGAUCACAUAUGGGCAAGGAGCAGCUUCCAAAAAUAAUUCCAAUAGGAACUUUAUUACAGAAAAAUUAAUGACAAACAGAAUUCCUACUCCAAGCCCACCAAGACCAAAAGAUGUGCUGCCCUUUACAGAUGGAUAUCAGAAAACAGCUAUUCCCUCAAAUAAAGGAACUGGGUCUUCAUCUCCUCCUUUGUGCAUUAAACAGACGGAAAUACGACAUGCUUUCAAGUACGUCAAUUCUGUGGUCUCCUGUGUGAUCUUUGUGGUGGGAAUCAUUGGAAAUUCUACAUUGCUCAGAAUUAUCUACAAGAUCAAAUGUAUGAGAAAUGGACCGAAUGUCUUAAUCGCCAGUCUUGCCCUGGGAGAUCUGCUCUACAUCUUAAUAGACAUUCCCAUUACAGUAUACAAGCUCUUGGCUGUAGACUGGCCUUUCGGUGUUGAAGUAUGUAAGCUUGUACCAUUUAUCCAGAAGGCAUCAGUCGGUAUCACAGUCCUCAGCCUGUGCGCACUGAGCAUUGACAGGUACCGAGCUGUAGCAUCUUGGAGCCGAAUUCAGGGAAUUGGAAUUCCCUUGAGGAAAGCAGUAGAAGUAAUAGCUAUUUGGGUCUUUUCGAUUGUUUUAGCAAUUCCAGAAGCUAUAGGGUUUAACAUGUUCUCCGUUGAUUAUCGGGGAGAGAAACUGAAAGUAUGUCUACUCCACCUAACCAAGCCAUCAGUAUUCAUGGAGUUCUACAAGAAUGUGAAAGAUUGGUGGCUAUUUGGCUUUUACUUCUGUCUGCCUCUGGCCUGCACUGGUAUAUUCUACACUCUUAUGACUUGUGAGAUGCUGAGCAGGAGGAAUGGGAUGCAAAUCGCUCUCAAUGAUCAUAUCAAACAGCGACGUGAAGUGGCUAAAACAGUCUUCUGUCUGGUGGUUGUCUUUGCUAUGUGUUGGCUCCCACUGCACUUAAGUAGAAUUCUGAAGAAAACUAUCUAUGAUCAGCAAGACCCCAACAGAUGUGAACUCCUCAGUUUCCUUCUAGUUCUGGAUUACAUCGGGAUUAACAUGGCUUCUCUCAACUCCUGCAUAAAUCCAGUGGCAUUGUAUUUUGUGAGUCAAAAAUUCAAAAACUGCUUCAAGUCUUGCUUAUGUUGCUGGUGUCAGCGGCCAGCUCUGAGCACACCAAUGGAUGAGAGAAUGGCUGUUGUCAAAUGGAAAGCCAACUGCCAUGCAAAUGGCCUGGAUCGGAGUAGCUCACGCUUCAGUAACAAGUACAGUUCAUCAUGAACCUUUUAUAAGGAAAAAAAAAGGAGAAAACACCUCUUGGCUCUCACUGCCACAUUGGUCUGUUUCAUAUCUGAACUUGCAUGCAUUUGCUUUGGAAAAUCCAAAGCAGAUGUCUGUCUACAUAUUGAGAAUCUGAAUAUUUGCAGGAAUGAAUAAAGCAAACACUUUCUCUGGGGUUGCUAUAUUCCAAUAUCAAGGUUGAUCUUUUAUUGAUCACCCACAUAAAUGUUUAAUUGCCAUAGAGAACAAACUAAAAUAUGAAUUGGUUAUCCUACCGGCAAAACUUCUUUCCAAUAAGAAACUGAAAAUCAGCAUUUUUUCAUAAAGAUUCCAAGAAAUUGCAGUUGCAGGUCUCUAUGUACCAAUCCACUAGAAGAUUCCUUACUCCUAGAAAGCAUGCCCACCUUUUAAAAAGAAAUUAGUUAGUGUUUCCUAAUGGCCAUCUGUAAGAUUGUGUUGCCAAACACUUUCUACACUAUAUUCUAAUUACUUUAUUCAUUGCAAACUUCAAAUAAAUACCCUCUGAAUCUGUAAAUUUAGAAAUGAAGACUUCGGCCCCAGAACUAGCUGUGUCCCUUGCCACACUGUUCCAUACAGUUAUAAUACUGGCAUCAAUGUGAUAUUGUGAAAAAUUGCCGAGAUAUAUCCUGGGAACAACAAAGCAGAACAAAUCAAACUAACUAAUUAUCCAUUAGGCUAUUUUCCAUCAUCAGCAAGUUGACAAUAUCAUCUUUCAAGUGAAACUUUUUCAGCUCACUGAUGCUCAGUUUGGCUUCUGUCAGGGCCAUUUGGCUCUUGACUGCAUUACAACUUUAAUCUAAAAUGAACAAAUGAACUGAACUGAAGACUAAUGGGAAUAGUAACUGCCCUUGACAUCAAGGUGGCACUUGAAUAAGCAUGGUACCAUGUAGCCCCAACAAAACUAAAGUCAACGGAAAUCAGGAGAAAUCUUUUCCACUGGUUAGUCAUGCCCAGCUCAAAGAAAUAUGUUGUGGUUGAUGUAAUCUAAUCAUCUCAGUCCCUUGACACCAUCGCAAUGAAUUCUUAGGUUGUACCUGAGGCCCAACCGUCUUUAGCUACUUCAUUAAUUACCUUCCCUCUGUUAUAAGGUCAGAAUAGAAUUGAUUAUUGCUGAAUAUUCAGUAACAUUUACAACUACUUGGAUACUGAAGCAGUCUGUGUUGAUAGGCAGCAUGAUCUAUACAACAUCCAUGCUUGGGCUAAUAAUUGGCAAACGAAUAACAUUCACAUUACACAACUUACAGGCAAUGAUCAUCUCCAACAUGACAGAUUCUAGCCAACUUCCCUUGACAUUGAAUAACAUUAUGAUUACAGAACCCUCCAUUCCACAUCUUGGGUUAUCAUUGACCAGAAACAAAAUAGGACCAGCUAUAUAAAUACUAUAGUUACAACAGCAGAUCAGAGACUGGUAAUUCUGAGACAAGUAAUUCACCUAAAUUGUCAAAGUCUGUAAUGCCAAAUCAGGAGUGUGAUAAAUACUUUCCACUUGUCUGGAUGAAUGAGGUCAAAUGAUCAGCAACUCAUUCACCAAUUUUAAACAGUCCCUCUCUCCAUAGCCCACCCACCACUGCAACAGUGCAUGCACAGAUGCACCACAGCAAUUCCAUAAGCCUCUCUUAUUAGUACUUUCCAAAACUUCUAAAAUCUGGAAUGACUUGGGCAGCAAACACAUGGGAACACCAUCUGUUAGUUCACCUCCAAGCCACAUAAAAAUCAUGAUUUUGAACUAAAUCGUUAUUCCCUCAUCGUUAUUCAAUCAAAACCUUGGAAUUCCCUUCCAAACAGCAGUGUAGAUGUGUCUGUACCAGAUGUGUUGCAGUAGUUCAAGCAGGCGAAACUCAGCAGGUCUGGCAGCAUCUGUAGAAAGAGAAAACAUUAAUGUUUGGGUUCAGUGGACUGAGUUAGAUAGAUGUAGGCCAACAAUCCUAUU